UGAGGUUAGGACUGCCGCUAAACACUCUGGAGACAUCGGCUCUUUGGACUGUCUACACGCUCUGGGAGAUGAGUACACCAAAAAAGCCCCCCCCUCCACCACACGCCGAAUCAGAGAAAUCCUUUCUUCCCCCAACGGAGGGGUGGGAAUGAAUACAAAUAGGUCAGCAGCACAGGGCCCCCCCCACCCCUCCUGUCGAGCCGCAGGCAAUGAGAGAUGUGGCGGUGGGGAGCUACUGUCACCAAGCACACAGCUGUCUAUCAGACCAUACAGGGAAAGAAACCCUGCCCCCCUCAGUACCCCCCACAAGAGACAGACAGAUGGAGAGAGAAGCAGGAAAGCGAGAGGAACAGAGUCAGAGAAAUGCAAUGAGAGGGCGGGUUUUGUGAAAAGGAGAAAGACAGAGCGAAACGGGGCAGAAAAAAACAGAUUCAGAAACGAACAGAAACCGAGAGCGAGGAAGCAACCAACAGACACAGAGAGCGAGGAGGAAGGAAGGGAGUGUGGACGCGGCAGAGAGAUAGCAGCAUCUCAGAACGGGAUACAGAUGGAGUGCUUGAAGAGAGAACCAGAGGCGUACGGAGCCGGCAGCCAUCUAGUCAACCCGCACUCUGCCUAGCAACGCAGGGAGAGCCUCCAGAGCGGCACACACUGAUCUCCCGGACACCAAGACGUAGCAGCCAUAUCAGUGGCACAGCCAGCACCGAAUAUAAGAACUGUGUGUGUGUGUGUGUGGGAAGGGGUGGUUUACACAACUGGACAGACUGCAUCGCUAGCGCGCCACAGGAAAAAUACAUCCACACCCGCGGAGCGCAUGUGUGAAAUUUACCAUUGAGUAAUAUCUCAAGUCAAGGGCGGGACCGCUACGCGUGUGGGCACCUUCACAGCAGCAAACGGCAAAGCGGGACGACGACGCCGGAAAACCCGACAACGGAAGCAGCAGCAAACCACAAGGCGGUCGCCGGUGGUAAAACGGUAGCGGCGCGACGGAGCCGAGCCGAGGUGCGUGUGGCGCGAAGAGGGAGAAGACAGCGCGCUAGCUGGGAACAGGGCCGUGUGGCGGCAGAUCGCUGCGCCCAGAGAAGCGGGGACGGACCUCCGCUGGGAAGCUCGGUGGCGGGGAACGGGUAAAACAUCGCCCUCUGCCGAAGACCGUAGUUCGUUCAGGCGCACAAAGCCGGUUGGGACGCGGGGGCGGCUCUUGAUAACCGACCAGCAAGUGAUCCAGACGAAAGUGCAAGCAUGCCCUCCCCAUGGCGUAGUUUCCCCAGGGGCCCCACCUCCGCCAGCCACUCAACACGCUGCUCCGUCACCUGCGAUAAGGGCGCGGCCGUGCACGAGAAGCGCCGGGCCUGAUUGGGCGUAACCGCUGCCAGGCGGUGCGCAACAGCCAUUAUGCAGUGGAGGCGGCGGCACUGCUGCACCCACGUCGCCGGGCUCCUGUCGGCGCUCUCGCUCCUGGGGGCCCUGGUCAUCCUGGCCAAUCAGGACCUGCUGCCGGGCUUCCGGGGCUCCGUGUGGCAGAGGGAGCGUCAAGCGGCCUACACGGAGGGAGUGGGUCGGCUGCGACCCCCCGGGCACAAAAAGAAUCACAGCUCACCGCGGGAGUGGAGGGACGCUCCCGUCCCGCCUGAGCCCCCGAAAAUGGCCGCCAACUUCAGUUCCCAACCGCAGGACUCCUCACAGGGCGUCCCGGGACUGGAGAACUCACUGGCAGCCAACGCUAGCUUGAGCGGAGAGGUCGGGCUGGGGAGCCCGCUGAACUCCGAGCCCUACCCUUACAUCCUCAAUGAGCCAAACAAGUGCAGGGAGGGCAACCCCGAGCCCUUCCUGGUGCUGCUCAUAGCCACGGAGGCCCGGCAGGUGGAGGCCAGGGAGGCCAUCCGGCAGACCUGGGGGAACGAGAGCACAUCCCCGGGUUUCGUCAGGCUCUUCCUGCUGGGCGUCAAGGAGGGCGAAGUGGGCCGCCUGCAGCAGGCCCGGCUAGAGGCCGAAAGCCGGAGGCACCGCGACAUUGUGCAGCAGGACUACAUGGACACGUACAACAACCUCACCCUGAAAACCCUGAUGGGCAUGCACUGGGUGAGUGCCCACUGCCCGGGCGCCAGCUACGUCAUGAAGACGGACAGCGACAUGUUCGUCAACACGGAGUACCUCAUACACAAGCUGCUCCGGCCCGAGGCCCAGCCCAAACGGGACUACUUCACGGGCUACCUGAUGAGGGGCUACGCGCCCAACCGCAACAAAAACAGCAAGUGGUACAUGUCCCCCGAGCUGUACCCCAGCGAGCGCUACCCGACGUUCUGCUCCGGGACGGGCUACGUGUUCUCGGGCGACCUGGCGGGGAAGAUCUACCGGGCGUCCCUGGGCAUUCGCAGGCUACACCUGGAGGACGUCUACGUGGGCAUAUGCCUGGCUAAGCUGCGCGUCGAGCCCACGCCGCCGCCCAACGAGUUCCUGUUCAACCACUGGCGGGUGUCCUACACCAGCUGCAAGUACAGCCACCUCAUCACCUCGCACCAGUUCCACCCCAAUGAACUGCUCAAGUACUGGCACCACCUGCAGAGCAACAAGCACAAUGCCUGCAUCAACACGUCCAAGGACAAGACGGGCAGGUUUCGCCAGCGGAGACUGCAGGGGACGCGCAGGGCAGAGGGCGCCGGCAGGUCGCAGCCCGGGCCAGAAUCGCGGGCAGGAGACAAGCAUCCGUUUCUGGACCCAAUCGUUGGUUGAGGGUUAUCAAACAGUUCUUUUAUUUAUUUUUUUACUGGAAGUCCAGGUCUUGUGAGAUAAAUAAGGUUAUGCGUCGGUGUACAGAGGAAGACAUACUGUCGUGUUAAUAGUGGACAGUGUCUAUAAUGAAGAUGGAUGUCACUGUGUCAGUGGGCUGUCGAUGUGUGGUAUCCAUUGUGUUCACCUUGAAUUGAAAUACGCUUCCCUUCAUAGAUAACAGUCAUGUAAGGGAUAACUCAUACCACAGCAUGUUCAAAACCGUGACAAAGCCACUGCUGGUGUCAAUAAAAAUCAUCAAGUACCAAAACCAAACUAGACCAUUGAAUCAUUUUACAAUUACUUACAGAUCCAUAGGAAGAACUUUGGCAGGGACGUGUGUGUAAAUACAUGAAAUGUUUGUGAAAGAGGAAACAGACUUCAGCGAGAGCAUGUACACACACCACUCUGACAUGAACAAAUCAGAUUGUCUCAAGUGAAUUCAUGUGAAACAGGUUUCCUGUUUAAACAAAGAGACUGAGUGGAAACGUGCAUGAAAAAGGGCUGUCGAGUUCACCUAUUUAGUCAAGUCAACUGCCGGUUAGCCCUCAGCCCAAUUACUAAUAACAAACCAGCAAUAUAUCUAGUGAGACACAGAUCAGCCCAUCCACAAAUACAUGAAAUGCAAACACCCAUUUAACCAGGAAAUUAUAUAAUUUCUAUAAGUCAUGGGGGUACUGUUGUAAAAAGCACUGAGACAUUUUUGCUAUUUAUCUUUCUAUAUUUGACAGACUAUUUAUCAUAGUAAACGAGCAUAACACUUUUACAUUCUACACUUCAGUGGUAAACUUUAGAUGAUUAUACAGCAAUUAAAUCAGAGACAGCCACAAAACUUUUUUGCCUAUCAUAACACGAUUGACAGCUCAGUAGGCCAAUGAGCUUGCAGAAUGCAAUGCACAGAAAUUAAACACGGACUGUCCAGUUCAGCCUAUUUAAGAAGUCAAGAAGGGGAUAUCUCCAUUCAUUGUUGAGCUCUCCAACGGAACAGGUCUGAAUACUUUCGGGAGACACUGGAUGCGUAAUGUUGUGAUCACACACGCUAGUGAAUUUUCUGUGAUCCAUGCCCUGAUUUUUGUGUGGAAAUAAUUUUUGGCUACUAACAAUAACACUGGCUGGUAGCCUACAUGUUUCCUCUAAGCAGUAACAGGACGUACGGCUUGCCCAUCCAAUACACUGCAGUCUCUCUGCUGUAUUGCUGCUCAGGCAUGAUUCAGGUUCUGUCUACUGCAUUUCAACAUCGGUGUCUGUCUUUUUUGGUUGGUUUCAUUAAGAAAGAAAAUAACUCAUGACUGUUAGGCUCAGCUACGUGUCAAAACAGUGUUAGUAGUCCAAGUGAUGUGCACCUCACAGAAUGAUUUUCUUUCUGGAAGGACUCUCUACUGACACCAUGGAGAUAUCCUUAAUGACAGCGCCCAUAAUGAACCAAUGCAAUUGGCACAGACACACAGAUGAGUGAGAUAUAUGGAUAUAUAUAUAAAAAAAAAAAUAAGCAAUGAGCUCAAGAGACAGGAUUAAUUUGUCUGUCUGAACUAUUGGCCACAAACUCAACAGUAGGAUUACAACAUCUCCAAUUUUCACAUAAAACAAUGACAUUUCUGCACUUCCUCCUUGAGAUUAGGGUUGGUCGAGACCACAAGAGAACAAACAACACAUGGAUUCAGCUGAUGUUCUCCCCCACAAUUUUUUUUUAUUCCUAAUAGCCCUAAUGUAUUAGACUGAUUUUGUUGAUGGUCAUGUUGAGACACUGUGUUGAAAAAAAGCACGAGCAUAUUGCCAGCUAAUUCGAUUCAGCUUGAAGCAACAGGGCUAGGUAGUUAGCUUGUUUGUUUAGUUGAUCGUCUCUGGAUCACAUCAUUUUAAUGAACUGAUGUCAGAUUUCAAUGUAAUAAGCUACUAUAUUACCCUAAAAAAAAAGAGCUAUUUUUCUGUCAUUCGGUGUAGAUUUGGACACACAAUGACGUAAACAG